AUGCGUGCGCCUAAUGCGCACUCUACACUGACUGAUUAUUCGCUUCCAAGCGUUCAUUCAACUCGUUUAUACUCUUCCUCGAAUAUUACACCUCCACCAAGUUCAUUAGAUUCGUCAACAUCCAACAAUAAAACUAAAGGACAUCAAAGUUAUACACAACGACAUUCAGUGAAUACAACAGUCGAUUAUGACUUAGAUCGAUUUGAUGAUGAAAUUAAGAAGGAAGAAGAAGAAUGGUUGUUAACAAAAGAUUCUUUAAACGAAACUGAACAGAACAGUACCAAUACAGAUAUUAAUGAUUUAUUUUCUGAUGGUAAUUUCGAUGAACAACUGUCACUUCACAUCGAGAAAGAAUUGGGACUUGAUGAGCAACAGACAAAUCGAAAAAAUGCAUGGGGAAAUUUGUCCUAUGCUGAACUAAUAGCAAAAGCUAUCGAAAAUAGUCAUCAGAAACGAUUAACAUUAGCUCAAAUAUACAUAUGGAUGGUCAAAUAUGUGCCAUAUUUUCGGGAUAAAGGCGACAGAAAGUCAUCGUCUGGAUGGAAGAAUUCUAUUCGUCACAAUUUAUCAUUACAUAAUCGUUUUGUUCGUGUACCAAAUGAAAUAGCUGGUAAAAGUAGUUGGUGGACGGUUGAUCCAAGAGCAAAACAAGUUCGUGGUAGACGACGUAUUCAAUCAUCUGAAUGUGGUACGAGAAUAACAACCACUAAACCUACUACCGCUAGACGUCGUACACAAACAGCCAAGUCAGCAUCAUCAGUGACAACUCCUGUUGCUCAUGAUUUCACAAGGUCGACUAAUGGGUUCGAUGCCGUAGAUGAACUAUAUUUAUUUUCGGAUGGAGGUACAUCUCCAAUACCUUCGUCAUCCUCCGACCAUUUAUUGAAUUCAACAUUCGACAAUCAAGAGCAGUUCGAGACGUAUUUGAAUAUGCCAUUUGAUAAUACUGAAUUAGAGUUACCGAUGGCAUCUGAAAAUGCUUUGUUAGAAUGUAGUAGCUCAACCAAUCAACCACAAUGGCUCAUAUCUAGUAGAGAAGGACGGAAAAGUUUAUCCGAUUCAUCGGCAAUUGAAAAUAAUUAUGUCGGUUUAUCUAUCUCUUACUUGGAACGGGCUUUUCAACAACAAGCACAACAACAGCAGUGUCUACCAGUACAAGUUCAAAAAUUAACAUCUGUUCGAGAUGUGAAUCGAUCAUUGUACAAUCUUUUAGAGUCAUCUUCACAUAAUGAGGAUCAGAAUAAUCUAUUUCAAUCUUCUACGAAACAAAAAGUAGUACAACAACAAUCAUCAACUAUGCCACAACAACAAUCACCACAGCAAAAUGGAAAAAUUCUUCUUGAAAUGUUGUCAUUGACACCACCCACAUGUACAUCGGAUCCAAAUUGCUGUACAUCAAGUACAAGUAGUAGAAGUAGUAGCGGUUACUCAGGAAUGGACAGUAAUCGUUCAUCAUCAACAUCUUAUUUAACAAAAUCUCCAUUUAGUGAUAUUCAAUCGCCUUCAUCUAGUCUCAUUGAUACACCGCGUUCACUCUCACCACCCUACACCCAACAAUCGAAACCGCCACCACCACCAGCUGUGACUGAAAAAGUUCUGAAAAGUGAACCAUUAACGCCAAGUAAUAUGAUAUUGGCCAGUGGUUUAGAACAGUUAACAUCUGAACAUUUACAAAAACUAAUGAAUAUAGAUCGAUCGAAUCCAAUAUUUCGUCGUCUUUUGGUCGCUCUAUUACGACAUAAAACGAUGAACAAUCGACAACAAUUAACUCAAGAAUCUAACAUCGAUUUACAAUCUGUUAAACAGGAACUUGAUAAUUAUUCAACAUCACAGUACAGUUGCAUUCAACCGAUCACAUCAUUUAAAAGUGAACCAAUGGACUACAACCAGCAGCAACUGCAUAAUUCGUUUCAGCAGCCAGUCAUGACACAACCUUUGUCUUCGAUAAAUAUGACACCGUUUACUCGACACGAAUUAUUAUCACAGCAACAGCAAUCAUCAAUGGAAAUCGAGUUAUUACCACAACCGAAUGAACUCGAUUGUGAUGUUGAAACAAUAUUAAAUUUUGAACGAAAUACAUUUGGAGAUUGUUCAUUUGACAUUACAGAUUUGCCUAAUUUGUGA